AACGCAUUCGCGAGCGCUUUCAAUCCUACAUUCCAAUGAGUAGAAGGGAGGGGGUCCGAGGUUGCUGUCGGGAUCUGCGGGAACCAUGCUGCCAUGCCGCCAUGUCUUAUACCUAUCUUCCCCAAUUCUGAUUUAAAAGGAAAGGGUGAAUCACUAAUUCAACAAUACUCACUUAACGUGCAGAGAACCCUGAAAUCGCAACUCGGUUACUAAAACGAAGAACUCAUGGAGUCAAUCGCCGGUCUCGUUUUACAUAAGCUCGCUGAAAGCCUGCUACAAUCUAUUAUUGUCGGUACUCUCGUCACAGCGGCCCUUUAUCUAGUUGGUAAUGAGAUAGUCCGAGGCCGUUCGAGAAUCCCAGGCUUGAAGGGUCCAAGGGGCUGGCCAGUUGUUGGGAAUCUCACCGAAAUAUGGUCGAAUGCAGCAGUGAAGUACCAGGAAUGGGCCAAGGAGUACGGCGAUGUCUACCAGGUUAUGCUAGGGAAUAGCCGCGUAGUGGUGGUGAACGGCGCUCAAGCCGCGAAGACGAUAUUUAGUUCCAAUUCACAAGCGUUGAGUUCUCGGCCAAUAACUUAUACGUUUCAUAAGGUAGCAUCUACCACUGCUGGUCUGACGAUCGGCACCUCACCCUACGACGACAGCCUAAAGCGGAAAAAGAAGGCAGCCGCCGUUGCGCUUAAUCGACCAGCCAUCCAAACUUAUAUCCCAUACCUAGAUCUUGAGACGAAGACAUUCCUUCAAGAUCUUUUCAACUAUGGAAAGGCGGGGACGCUUGCUGUUGACCCGCUUCCCAUGAUCCAACGGCUGAGCCUUUCGCUAGUAAUGACAAUCAACUGGGGCGUGCGGAUUAACUCUAUCGAAGACGAAUUAUUCAAGGAAAUCGUUGAAGUAGAAGAAGAACUAAAUAAGACUAGAUCUACCGUAGGCAACCCUCAGGACCACAUCCCGUUCCUACGCCUGAAUCCUAGGAACAAGGCCUUCGUCAAGGCACGAGAAUUACGAAGGCGUCGCGAUAAAUAUCUUUCCAAAUUGAAUGGAGAUCUCGCGGAACAGGUAGCAAAAGGCACCAAUAAGCCUUGCAUCCAAGCGAGCGUGAUUAAGUAUAAGGAGGUUGAACUUAACGAUGUCGAACUUGCUUCCUUCAGCUUAUCAAUAACGUCUGGCGGGUUCGAAACAGUCUCAACUACAGUGCAAUGGUCACUCGCAUACUUUGCCCAAAAUCCGCAUGUGCAGGAUAAAGCAUACGAAGAGAUUCAACGCUUUCAGGGUUCCAAUGAGCCGUUGUGCGACGCAGCCGAUGACCAGAAGUGUGCAUAUGUGCUUGCACUCGCGAAGGAGGCGCUUAGGAUCUACUCCGUAGUUCCCUUAUCAUUGCCGCGGGAAACGAUCAAGGAUAUACAAUAUAACGGUGUCACCAUCCCGUCGGGAAGCACAGUAUACUUAAAUGCGUGGGCUUGUAACCACGAUCCCAAACUAUGGACCAAUCCCGACGAGUUCAUUCCCGAGAGAUGGAUAGAGAAGCCAGAUGCGCCCAUCUUCACAUUUGGAUUAGGAUAUCGAAUGUGUGCAGCUCAUAUCCUUGCGACCCGCGAGCUAUACAUCAUAUUCAUGAGAUUAUUGAGCAGUUUUCGCUUGGAAGCUCCUGAGGAGAUCCGAUGCGACCCUAGCGUAGACAUGAAAAACCCGAAGGAUCUGAUUAUGGUACCGAAGCCAUACCGUGUAUUCUGCAAACCAAGAGAUGAAGCAAGGCUCAGGCAGGCUUUAGAAGUGUCUGAGUGAAGGUAUGAUAGGUACUUGAGAGGUACUUACUAGCGUCUCAUAUUCUUUUACAUUUACUUAACCUAUCUACUGGCCAGUGCCUCACCAUGGUAUACAUAUACGCUCUAAAUUGAAAAUAUGUUCUAGGAUCUUCCAAUUAUC